AUGUCUCAAGACGAGAAUAAACUUCAGGCAUCCGAGUCUACAAACGUAAUGGAUGAUCCAAAAGUUAAAGAUAUACCACAACUGUCUUACGAACCUGUAUAUACCGUAGAAAAAGAGCCUGCAAAUGUAGAAGAAAGAGAGUUCGCAAAUUCUGCAGAAAAAGAUCAUAAACCUCAGUUAUCUUCCGAUAAUAAUGUAGCACUAGAAGUCUCUGAUACUAAUAAUAAUGCUAAUAAACCAAAAUAUGAGAUGACUAAAACUCAAGUUUUACUAGUUUUUGUCGGUCUUGCACUGGCUAUAUUUUUAGCUGCUUUGGAUCAAACUAUAGUUGCUACUGCUUUACCAGCUAUUGCAAUAGAAUUCAACGCCCUUGAUCAAAUCUCAUGGGUUGGAACGGCUUAUUUACUUACUGCGACCGGAUUCCAGCCAACAUAUGGUGCACUUUCAGAUAUAUUUGGUCGAAAAUACGUCUUCCUCGCAGCAAUAUUAUUAUUCGAACUUGGUUCUCUUUUAUGUGGUCUAUCCGUUAAUAUGACGAUGUUAAUCAUAUCGCGUGGUAUUGCGGGCAUGGGUGGGGGUGGUCUUAUAGGAAUGGUAUUGAUUAUUAUUAGUGAAAUAGUUUCAAUCAAAGACCGUGGGAAAUACCAAGGAAUGAUAGGUGGUUGUUUUGGUAUCGCAUCUGUUGUGGGUCCACUAUUGGGUGGUGCUUUUACUGAUAAGGUCACAUGGAGAUGGGCAUUUUUUAUUAAUCUUCCUCUAGGUGUCAUCACUUUUAUUUCUGUUGUCAUUCUAUUGCACCUUCCAAUUCCUACUGGCUCUCUUUGGUCAAAACUUAAACUCAUUGAUUGGUGGGGUUCUUUUACCCUUGUUGCUGCAACUAUUCUUUUGUUAUUGCCACUUAAUUGGGCUGGUUCAAAAUAUGCAUGGAGUGAUCCUAUAAUUAUAGUUUUAUUAUGUUUAGGUGCUGUUGGAUAUAUCAUAUUUAUUCUUAUUGAGGCAAAGUUUGCCAAAGUACCAAUUGCUCCCCCUGCAUGUUUUAGUGUAAAUAUCUUUCAUGGAAUGACUUUUUUUGCUUUGAUAUUCUUUGUACCACUUUAUUUUCAAGUUGUCAAAUCUGAAUCUGCUACCACUUCAGGCUUGGAACUUCUUCCUUUUAUCUUGGGUUUAGUCUUUAUGGCUAUUUUUUCAGGUCAAUUAGUUUCAAGAACUGUCUUUAUUACUUAUGGUGCACUUUGCAUUCUUGGAAGUAUUUUAAUGGCUGUAGGAUCUGGAUUGAUUAGCACAUUUUCAGAAGAUACAAGUAGAAGUCAAAUAAUUGGUUACUCAUUAAUCGCCGGUUUUGGUGUUGGUUUAAUCAUACAAGUCACUGUUUUAGCCGGACAAGGGGUUGUAGAACCUAAGGACAUUGCUACAGUUACUUCAUUGUUAACAUUUUUCAGAACUAUGGGUGCAGUUUUUGGUGUAGCUAUCCUAGGCUCAGUCUUUAAUAAUGUAUUUAAUUCAAAUUUACCCCCAGAAAUGCAAGGAACUUUAUCAGGCUUUGGUCAAGUUACGACAGGCAAACAACCGCCACAAUUUAUAAUACAUGACUUUGUAACAGCUUUAGAUACAGCAUUUAAAGUUGCGAUCGUUUUUUCAGGAUUAACUUUUAUCUCUUCACUGCCUUUGAUAGCUGUUAGGCCACAUAGAGAUUUUAAAACUGAUGAUCAUAUUUCAGCUUUAGCAUAA